UUCAGGUGCGCCUGGUUCAGAAAAAGGACACCGGUCACAUUUAUGCCAUGAAGAUCCUCAGGAAAUCAGACAUGUUAGAGAAAGAGCAGGUGGCUCAUAUCCGGGCCGAGAGAGAUAUCCUGGUGGAGGCUGAUGGCGCCUGGGUAGUGAAGAUGUUCUACAGCUUUCAAGAUAAACGCAAUCUGUAUCUCAUCAUGGAGUUUCUGCCUGGAGGAGAUAUGAUGACUCUGCUGAUGAAGAAAGACACGCUGUCGGAAGAAGCUACGCAGUUCUAUAUUGCAGAGACUGUCCUGGCCAUUGACUCCAUUCACCAGCUGGGCUUCAUUCACCGAGACAUCAAACCUGACAACCUGCUGCUCGACUCACGGGGCCAUGUCAAACUGUCUGACUUUGGCCUCUGCACAGGCUUGAAGAAGGCCCAUCGGACUGAAUUUUACAGGAACCUCACGCACAACCCUCCCAGUGACUUCUCUUUCCAAAACAUGAAUUCCAAACGGAAAGCAGAAACAUGGAAGAAGAACCGAAGACAGCUGGCAUAUUCAACCGUCGGGACACCAGACUAUAUCGCCCCUGAGGUCUUCAUGCAGACGGGCUACAACAAGCUUUGUGACUGGUGGUCUCUUGGAGUGAUAAUGUACGAGAUGUUGAUAGGCUACCCACCCUUCUGUUCCGAGACGCCACAGGAAACCUACAGGAAGGUCAUGAACUGGCGAGAAACGCUAAUUUUCCCGCCUGAAGUCCCCAUUUCAGAGAGAGCCAAGGACUUGAUCCUUAGGUAUUGCACAGAUGCAGAAAACAGGAUUGGGUCAGGAAGUGUGGAUGAAAUCAAAUCUCACCCUUUCUUUGAGUCCGUGGACUGGGAGCAUAUCAGAGAGAGACCUGCUGCUAUUUCCAUUGACAUCAAGAGCAUCGAUGAUACGUCCAACUUUGAUGACUUUCCAGAGUCAGACAUUCUACAGCCAGUAACAAAUGUAACAGAACCAGACUUCAAGUCCAAGGACUGGGUUUUCCUUAACUACACCUACAAACGCUUUGAGGGAUUGACACAGCGCGGCACCAUCCCCACUUAUAUGAAGGCAGGCAAGGCGUGAAACUGGCACUGAUGGUCUGAAAAAAGGAGGAUUAGAAUGUAAAUGACAAUUCAAUGCAGAUUUCUGCAGAUGAGAAGCUUAUGCACUGCCGCUUUGUGCUACACAGUAGACCUGUUCUCAGAGGAGUCCCUGGUGACAAUAAAAAGGGGGAAAAAAGCAUAAUAUUUAUAUGGCCAAACAUACGGAGAGUCUCUCUUGUCCUGCUGCUCAGCUAAAAGGAGACACAAAUGUUGUCCAAAUGCUCUUCAACACUGGAUCAAACAGGGUCAGAGAUAAAAAAAAAAAGAAAAAAAGGGAAGCAGAUACAUCACUGAAGCCUUACGUUCA